GGGAUGGAUGCAGGGAGUGAAGGAGGAGGGCAGAGACAGCACUCUGGACUCAAUCAGAUGGAGGGGUGAAAAAAAAAGGAGGGCAGAGACAGAAGUUUGACAUACUGAAGACAAAGACCCCAGCAACUGCGAGUUCAAUUACUUUCAGCAGCAUCUCUGCACCGCUUUGGCCACACAGCAACAAUUUGAUGUUGCAUGUGGAGAAGAAAAUAGAGAAUUUAGGACCCAGGCUUUUCUACUGACAUCUCAGGAUACUGGACAGAAACAGAGAGCAGAGCUGCAGGAAACCAACUUAUCACCACUAACGAGAUAAGGCUUCAGAGGAGAACCUCCAAGAACAUCUCAAAACCUCUUUCAACUUCAUUCUGGAAAAGAAGCAGAAAAGAACAACCGAAGGAAUAAAAGAAGACUGAAAGGGCGUCAUUAAAGUGUGCAGGGAAGCCUGGAUGACAGACUGGUCAGAAGCGUUCUUCAGAAGAAGUGAGAAAAGCACCGACAAUCUGGAGGAGGAACAGCAAGAGGUCCACCGGGCCCCACAGCACAACUUCACCAUGAGCAUGACUGGCACUCUAGAGAAAGGAGCCCACCAUCAGGCCUUGGACUUGUCUGAGGAACUGCCACCUCAUCAUCACCAUCACCACACUAACCACCACCAGCAGCAUCUUCACCAUUCCAACUCUCUGGCCUCCACCGCCGCUGUGGGCGGAGGGAGAGAAACACCUUCACGUGUGGUUGUACCUCCUCCUUACUCUGCAGCCGAGAGUGGCGGCGGGGCAAGUGAGGCGCCUCUGGAGCUGCGGGGAUCGCUCGACUGCUGGGCCUGCUCGGUGCUGGUGACAGCUCAGAACUUGCUGAUCGCUGCAAUCAAUGCGUGCCUCGCUGGACUGGUGUUCGGCACCAUCCUGACACCAGCCAUUGUCAUGGUUGUGUUUGGCUUCCUCUGUCACUCUACAGUCCGCCCCCAUGGAACAACACCCUACUGCUCUGACUUGCUCACUGAUGGAGGCUGCGUGGCUUUGCUGGUGGUGGGCUUCCUCUUGGUCACCCCUCUGCUAGUCCUGGCACUGGCUGCAUACUGCCGUCUGGCCCGACACCUCCAGCUGGGCCUGUGCUUCAUCCCAUACAGCCGGGCCGUGUACAAGAACCUCCCAGCCACCCAGCAUCGUGGCCUGGGUACGGGCUGCUGCGGGGGUCGAGAUGGGGCUGAUGGCAGUGGGAAGGGAAAGGUCUGGGUGUAAGAUGACGGUGAGCUGGGGAAAGGGCAAAAGCAAAUGGGGGUGAGAAAAGGCCUUUAGAUUAAGUGAAGAGAUGUGAGCAAGAAAAGAGGGGUGUGGGGGCUGUAAUGAAUGGCUCAGAAAAGCCAGGGGGUGUCACUUAAAGGAAGAUCUGCAAACUAUGAUUACUUCAGCAACCAGCUCAACAUCAUGGAAGACAAGUUACAUUGUGAAUAAAGUCAGAGCAGCAUUUAUUGUUAAAAAAAAUGAGCACAGUGUACUCUGAUUGCUGAUUACUUCACUGAAUACUUCACUGCAUCAGCAUUAUGGAGAAAACUGAGUACAAACAAAACAUUUAUAUUUCAAACAUAACUAAAAUAUAAACUAGAUCGAAUGUAAAUUCUGUUUUGUUAAAUAACAUGAUCUAAAUGAGAGAACAUUGUUGAGGUCAAUAAAUUAAUGCAGUGGCUUUACAAAUCUGAAUGACUCAAAGUUUGCUGUGAUGUUGUCUAAAGUACACAAACCAGACCUGCAUACAACUAUGCAUUCCUAAAUGCAUGAAAGGAAACCAGAAAUCAGGCAACAUCAAACCCCACAAAGGUUGUACUGACACUAAACAUAAUUGUAUCCUGUCACAUUUACAUUAUAAUGAAAAACAUUUAUUAGUCUAGUGUAGUUCUCUUUUUAGCUGCUGCAAACUGUGACUGCAUUCUCCUGCAUGUUUUUCUUCUUCUGUUUUUUUUUAUAUAUAAAUAAAGUUGAUGGAUUUUUGUGGA